AGUACAUAACGUACCGUUACAAAGUGCAGAGGAGUAGUUCAUCGCUGUAAAUAAUUUAUAUUAUUUAUGUUAUUCUAUUUCAUAUUUUAUUAUAAUAUAAAAAUCAAUCGUCGCGUCUUUCAUUUUAACAGUAACGUCAUACAAUAAUUUUGUAUAAAUCAUAUAAAUAUAUAUAACACUAAUAAAAAUAUAAAAAUAAUGUUGUAUGUGUCUACAACUGCAACACUUGUAUUGUUCGGAGUUGCCACAUUUAUAUUGAAGCCCUUAUUCGAUUAUCUUUAUUUGAAGUAUAGAUAUAGAAAAUUACCAUCUGUAGGCUUACCCUUCAUCGGUGUAGUUUGGGAUUUAUUACGUAUUCCUAAUGAAGAUCACAUAGAAUGGUUUACAAAGUUGCAAGAAAAAUUCAAGGGAAAUGUAUAUAUUAUGUGGUUGGGUAUGCAACCAUAUGUUAAUAUACAAAAACCACAUCAUAUGGAGGUUCUUCUCACAAGUACGGUAAAUAUAAAAAAGUCAUCAAUUUAUAACAUAAUUAUACCAUGGCUAGGCGAUGGCUUACUAACAUUAACAGGAAAAAAGUGGCACCAUCAUCGACGUCUUUUAACGCCUGCAUUUCAUUUUCGGGUUUUGGAACAGUUUACGGAAACAAUGCAUGAAAAAGCUGAUGUAUUCAAUGAGUGUUUGAAAGAACAAGUAUCAUCCAAUCCUAAAGAACCAGUAGAUAUAUUCAGCUUUGCAUCCAGAUUCACUCUUGAUGUAAUUUGCAAAACCGCAAUGGGUAUAGAUAUGGAUGCACAAAGAGGUUCGAUGAACCUAUACACUAAAUCUGUAAAUCAAAUGUCAAGAUUUGUGGUCAAUCGUUACCUACGUCCUUGGUAUGCGUCAGACUUUAUUUACUCAAAAACUGAAGAUGGAAAACAGUCCCAAGCUGCCAUCAGUGUUAUGCGGGAAUAUAGUUCCAAGGUGAUAAAAGAGAGAUUAGAUGAAAGACGAAAACUGAAAUCAUCUAAGGAUGAAGAUAAAGAAGACGAAUUUGGUAUAAAACAAAGAAAUAAAGCGUUUUUGGACCUAUUAUUAGAAGCAAGUGAAAAUGAUAAGAAUCCGUUAUCAAAUGAUGAGUUACGCAAUGAAGUAGAUACGUUCAUGUUUGCUGGGCACGAUACAACAGCCACAGCAAUAUCUUUUACUCUGCUUUUACUCGGCAAUCAUUUAGAUAUUCAGAAAAAGGUACAUGAAGAGCUGCAGACAGUAUUCAACAAUGAUGUUGAUAAGCCAACAAGGGCUGCCGAUCUCAGUCAAUUGAAAUAUUUGGACCGAGUUAUAAAGGAAACUCUCAGGCUUUAUCCAAGUGCACCAUCUUUUUUGCGAACAUUAGUUGAGGAUACAAUAUUUGAUGGUCACACGAUUUGCAAAGGAUCGGUAAUCAUAAUCAACGCAUAUGACAUGCAUCGUGAUCCCAAAGUGUGGGAAAAUCCAACUGUUUUUGAUCCUGAUCGAUUUUUGCCUGAAAAUGUAAGAAGCAGGCAUCCUUACGCUUACAUUCCAUUUAGCGCUGGUCCACGUAAUUGUAUUGGUCAGAAAUUUGCCAUGUUAGAAUUAAAAAUUGCGUUGACCGCAAUACUACGGAAAUGGCGCGUUAAAAGUGAUACAUUGCCUGAAAACUUGAAACUCCUACAUUCAAUUAUCCUUCGAUGUAAUAAGCCUAUAAAAGUUUAUUUCACGCCAAUCGAUUGACUAAAUAUAAUGAAAUAAUUAACAGCCGAAAUUAAUACAAGAUAUCGUAUCCAUCAAUUAUUAUAUAACUAAAUUUUCAAAACAUAUUAUGACUUAUUAAAGAACUCAAUUUGUAUAUAUGAAGUAUAUUUUUUGGGUUCCUUAGGCCACCCA